AUGUCGCUGGCGACCUCCGCCGCCGCCGUUUCCACACCCGGUGUCCUCAUCCACCAAUCCACGUGGACCCUGCGACCCUUGCCCCCCGCCCACCUCCGCCGCCUCCUCCCCUCGGGGACCGCGAGGCCGCUCCGAGUCGCCACGGUCCGUCGUUGCCUCCCGGUCACCGCUCAGAGCGCCGCCAACCCAGGUCAAGAACCCCUGUCCUUCUCCUUCCUCACCAAGAUUACAUUCUGGCGCCUCCGUUCGGCUCGGAUUGCCGCUGACUGCGCUUGCCUCGCUGCUCGGUCUUUCUCAGGUUACCUGCCUGAAUCGGAGUUCUACAAGGUCGAGGCCAUCCUCAGGCCGUGGAGGGUGCUGCACGUGUCCUCGGGCUUGCUGGAGAUGGGGAUCAGAGGUGUGACGGUGUCGGACGUCCGGGGGUUUGGGGCGCAGGGAGGGUCAACGGAGCGCCAUGGAGGGUCAGAAUUUUCAGAAGACAUGUUUAUUGCUAAAGUCAAAAUGGAAAUAGUGGUCUGCAAAGAGCAGGUGACAGGUGGAGACAAGGUUUUUGUGUUUAGGGAAGGGUUAGAAUUUUUUGUUAGAAAGUUUUGGCUUCAACCAUUCACCCCCUCCUGUCGCCUGCUCUUCCUUCAAUUGGUACCAGAGCGUUUAGGUUUUCUAUACCUUAAUCGGUCUUUGAAAGCUAUGGCGACCAAUGAAAAGUUUGAUGUUCGCGCUCCGCUUUUUGAUGGGACUGAUUAUGAUUAUUCUUUGAAGGCACGUAUGACCAACUAUCUCAAAGGCAAGUCGCUGAAGCUAUGGAAAAUCACACAAAAUGCCACAUAUGUGAUUCCAAAUGAGGAACCGAUUGACGCCCACCGAGAUCGGGCUUCUUGA